GUUGUGACAUUUAAAUCCCCACAGUUCAAAACCCCGCUUCAGUCAGCAGCUAAUAUUAGUAAUAAUAAUGGAAGUUAAUCUAACAACAACAGCAACGCCCGAAUUAUUGCAUCCGGAGGACGCAGAAUACAUUUGGCUUCCAUUUUUGGUACUUGUGGGUGUUGUCAUUCUCGCUGGUCUGGUUUAUGCAAUGUCACGAAUUCGUUGUUUGCACUUCAAGCGUCGCAAUAUUGCCACGCGCAACGGUUACACCAAUGUCGACGAAGAAGACUCCGAUGUAUCCAUGAUGGGAGCUGAUAAUGAUGAGGUUGGAGAACGAAAUUCCAUCACAUAUCUACUUGAUGCACGUCUGCACAUAUCUCCAGGAAAUCAACAAACAGUUGCGAGAGACGUCGCCGUACUUGCUUGAUACGUCGUUGGAAAAGUUGAAGAGAAAAGACUAAUUAUCAAUAUCAUUUAUAUAUAGUAUAUAUAAGUUUACAUGCACACUUUCAUUUUAUUGUCUACGUUUUUGUACAUUACAAUUACGAUUAUAUGACUACAUUGAUGUUAGUUGUCGGGAUUUGCAGCACCCAAAAGUCGUGUUGUUAGAUCAUAGAAUCCGAAGAAGAACGCACCGCCUAGCGUAAUCCAAAGCACGCGCGGCACAAAGCCCGCAAAUAAACUGCAAAUA